GGCUUGGUGACCAAGUCUGGAGGAGACAGAGCCAGGCAGUCAAGUGGGAAGACAGUGGUAUGGUCACUGCCCCUUCCGUUCUCAUGGCUGGCAGAGUCUAGACACCAGCUUCCCCAAACCACUUGCGUCCAAACCCGUUCCUCAUCUGAACGUCUUUCCACAACCUUCCCCUUCACAUCCUCACAGCCACAGGAGCUACGCCGUACCCUAGGCUAGCCCAGGCUGAAGCCCUCUCCUCAGUCCUUCCUUCUUCACCUGUGCCAGAUGAGGCCUGAGCCCAUCUUCCAUCCCACCUGUGACUUAGGUAUGAGCAUCUUGGUACAGGCUGCUCUGAGCUACAUCUGGAGCUGGGAUUUAAACGUCCUCUGUCACCAGAGCACUGAGCACAGGGGUACAGCCAGUGGAGGCCCGGAAACAUGAAAACACCCCAAUAUGCGCCACCCCCCACCCACCAGGCAACUUUGUCGCAGGCACUUCCGCAGCCCCGACAGGAAACCAGUCGCAGACUCAGCCUCGCGCCAUCUCAAGGCAACUUCUUGUUUCCCAGUUGCCCUGUGCCAGCCCAGAGUUGUGAUCCUGGGCUCCACCCCCUAAAAACUUCCCAGGCUGUAUCCCAGCAACUCAGAGGGGCCGGGAUGGUGGACAUGAUUGCAAAACUGGCCAGGAGGCAGAGCCGGGCCCUGCGGGCACAGGUGGAUGAUCCCCCGGAGCCAGUGUAUGCGAAUGUAGAGAGGCAACCUCGGGCCACUUCGCCGCGCUCCGCUGCAGUUCCUCCUCGGCUCAGCCCAGUGUGGGAGACGCACACCGACUCGGGCACUGGGCGCCCCUACUACUAUAAUCCCGACACGGGCGUGACCACCUGGGAUUCACCCUUUGAGGCCUCUGAAGGCGCCACCAGUCCGGCCACCUCCCGAGCCUCUGUGGGAAGCGGGGAGAGCCUGGAGACAGAGUGGGGCCAGUACUGGGAUGAGGAGAGUCGCAGGGUGUUCUUCUACAACCCCUUGACGGGCGAGACUGCCUGGGAGGACGAGACUGAGGCCCUGGAGGAGGAGCCCCAGGAGCAGCUGGAGAUGCAACCCAGCCUGAGCCCGCGAAGCCCGGGGCUUCAGAGGCCCCCAACUCCUGAAACAGACUACCCCGAAUUGCUGACUAAUUACCCGGAAGAGGACUAUUCUCCUGUGGGCUCCUUCGGUGAUCCUGACCCCACUUCUCCCGUGGCACCCCCUGGCUGGUCCUGUCACAUUACCCCAGACAAGCAGACGCUCUACACCAACCAGUUCACUCAAGAGCAGUGGGUGAGGUUGGAGGACCAGCAUGGGAAGCCAUAUUUCUGCAAUCUAGAGGACUCCUCUGUGCAGUGGGAGCUGCCCCAGGUCCCCAUCCCCGCCCCUCGAAGCAUUCGUAAAUCAAGCCAGGAUAGUGACACUCCAGCCCAGGCUAGCCCUCCGGAGGAGAAGAUCAAGACCCUGGACAAGGCCGGAGUGCUCCAUCGUACCAAGACAGUAGACAAGGGGAAGAGACUUCGGAAGAAACACUGGAGCGCUUCCUGGACGGUGCUGGAGGGUGGCGUCCUGACCUUCUUCAAGGACUCCAAAACCUCAGCUGCGGGCGGCCUGAGGCAUCCUUCCAAGCUCUCCACUCCUGAAUACACGGUCGAACUGAAGGGGGCCUCUCUCGAUUGGGCCCCCAAAGACAAAUCCAGCAAGAAGAAUGUGUUGGAGCUGCGAAGCCGAGAUGGCUCAGAGUACCUGAUCCAGCAUGACUCAGAAGCCAUCAUCAGCACCUGGCACAAGGCCAUUGCCAAAGGCAUCGAGGAGCUGUCCGCAGACCUGCUCCAGGGGGUGGAAGGUGAGCCCAGCAGUGCUGAUUUCGGGUCCAGCGAGCGCCUUGGAAGCUGGCGGGAGGAGGAUGUGCGGCAGAAUGCAGCCUCACCUUCCCCAAGCCCUGGAGGCCUGGAGAGCGACCUGAGCAGAGUCCGGUACAAGCUCCGCAAAUUCCUGCAGAGAAGACCCACUCUGCAAUCUUUGCGGGACAAGGGCUACAUCAAAGACCAGGUGUUUGGAUGUGCGCUGGCUCAGCUGUGUGAGCGCGAGAGGAGUCCUGUGCCACGCUUCGUGCAGCAAUGCAUCCGCACUGUCGAGGCCCGGGGGCUGGACAUCGACGGACUGUACCGCAUCAGUGGGAACCUGGCCACCAUCCAGAAACUGCGCUAUAAGGUGGAUCACGAUGAGCGCCUGGACCUGGACGACGGGCGCUGGGAGGACGUCCACGUGAUUACAGGCGCAUUGAAGCUCUUCUUCCGGGAGCUGCCAGAACCCCUCUUCCCCUUCUCGCACUUCCACCAGUUCAUAGCAGCCAUCAAGCUGCAGGACCCAGCGCAGCGCAGCCGCUGUGUACGUGACCUGGUGCGCACGCUGCCCACCCCCAACCACGACACGCUCCGACUGCUCAUCCAGCACCUGUGCCGGGUGAUCGAGCAUGGCGAGCAGAACCGUAUGACCGUGCAAAAUGUGGCCAUAGUGUUCGGGCCCACGCUGCUGCGGCCUGAGAUGGAGGAGGCCAGCAUGCCCAUGACCAUGGUCUUCCAGAACCAGGUGGUGGAGCUCAUCCUACAGCAGUGCGCAGACAUCUUCCCGCCGCACUGACUGCGGACCCUGGGUGGCUGGAGGCCAUGAGGCUGGACCUUCUCUGAGGCUCUCCGCUUCCCACCCCGCUGCACUGUGACUUCUACACCCCUCGAUUCAGAGGGUACGGUGACCCCCUUCAUGACCGCAGUUCAUGAAAUGUGAUUUCUCCCUGCUGUAUCCCCAUCUGGGGUUCCUUAGGGCCCUUUCUUGAUUACAGCGCCGCCUAUUGUGCAAACGCGAGGAUGUUCCGGGGGUGGGGGCGGAUGAGGGCUUCCUACGGCCGCGGUUGGGAGGAGGGAUUGGAUGAAGGCAUUCUGGCUUCCACAGGCCUGCAUCUGGCCAGGCCUGGAUGGAGACUGUAGGCCCCGCGCUAUGCAGGAGGUCCGGCACUGGUCACGAAGCAGCUACUGACACUGUCCCUGCUGCCACGGGAGGACUGACCCUGGCCGCCAGCCCAGGCCACUGACUGCUUUCUUUAGCCUUAUGCUCCUGUGCCACACUGUUGCAGGCCACCUGAGGGCUUUUCCUCCGCUUUCCUCUCUCCCUGGGCCACCCCUAUUCUCUCCAUGUUCCUCAUGCCCACCACAUGCUUACCCGGCGCCCACCAUGCAUGAUUCCAGGGACCUGGGGCUUGUAGCAGAAGUCAAAUGACUUCAGGUUCCAAAAUCCCUGAAUCCCUGCAAUGGCUCUCCCCACAACAAACCCAGCCCCUAGAGGAGGAAGUGGUUCCCCAUCCCCUCUGCAGCACGGAUGGGCUGAGCAGAGCAAACAGGCUGGAGCACCCUGCAGGAGAGGGGGGUGGGGAGUUCCCUUCAGGCAAUAGAGAACCUGGGGGCGGGGUCCCUUCAGGUAACAGGGAACCUACCACAGCUGUUCUGGGGGAAGAAAAACAGAACAAAUAGAAGCCCUCAGCCCCUGCCUGCACCCUGACUGGGUGCCUACCCAGGACUCACUUGCCGUGCAGAGCUGGGAGGGGCCCACUGGAGAAAGGUCACAGCCUCGGGCACAGAGAGUUGAGCAUGUGUCAGCUGCCCCCUUCCCCAUGCACACACCUCAGUUUAUGGAUCUGAUAGCUCCACCCACCCUCACUAACUCAACAAAGGAUAAUAGCUAAUAUUUAUUGAGCAUUCAUACUAUGCCAGCCUUUUACUCCGAUGUCCCCCUUGGUUUCUUGCAGUCAAUAUUUAUUGUGGGCCCUCGUGUGCCGAGCACUGUGCUCUGGGACAGGGGUCUACACGUGCUUUCUGGAGCUUAGGGCCCAGUGAGUAAGGCUGAGGCAAGCCCAGCCCUGAUGCUAGCAGGGCCAAGAAGAGAACAAAUGGAGGCCUCCUACCAUACACCUACAUAUUUAAAGUCUUAAGGCAACCUAACAACUGUUAAAUAAAAUACGUUUAUUCUCCUA